UUAUGCUUUAUUAGUUUGUUGACCUCAAAUUUAAGAUACUAAUCUCGAUACUUAACUGUAGUAUUUCGUUGUUAGUCAGAGAUUGUGAUACUUUACAUGAAAAUUAUUGUUUUUCAACUAACUGAAUCAACAACACAGUUGACCGAUCCUACAUAGUUGUGCAACUUGACUUUGGGAUUAUUUAUGUUUGUGUAAAGGGAAAUUUUGCGGUAACAUUACAUUAACGUCAGUGACUGUUAAGUUAGGUUUAACCUACAUUUACAGGGGUGAAACAGUUUUAUUAGGUAUAUACACUGUUAUUUGGAUAACGGCUUUUAGAUUUACAAAAAUAAAGGUUAAAAUAAGUAACGGGAUUUUUGACUGAAGAUAAACCUUAAGUGCAAAACUUUUGGAUUAUAUAGUAAACACGUGUUUGGUGAAUAGAUUACGAAAAGAACAUAACUACAAUAUAUUGUGAAGAGUAUCUGUAUAUAUACAUAUAUAUAUCGCUAUACAAUAUGUCAGCUGGGACAAAAGUGGCUCAUCCACCAUUUAACCGAUCAAAAAGUGAAAAAAUAGCCGGGGAUGUUAUUGAUGCGGCAAGACGGAAUAGACCAAAAUUAAAACGUUCCCUUAGUGCAAAUGUUAGACUUAGUAUAGAAGAAAAACGCAAACAGAUAGAGAAUAUUGUUCGGCCAUUUAUACUAACUGACGAUGACUACCAAAAGAUCAUGGGUGUCAUGGAGGAUAACUUUAACAAGGGGCUGGGAAAACAAACAAAUAAAAGUGCCAGGGUGAAGAUGUUUCAGACUUAUGUCAAAGCAGUACCAGACGGCACUGAAAAGGGAGACUUUCUUGCCCUGGAUUUGGGAGGAACCAAUUUCCGUGUACUUCUGAUCUCGCUGGAUGAGAAAGAAGUUAAGAUGGAGAGUAAAAUCUACCUUAUACCUCAACAUAUAAUGGUUGGAUCUGGAACUCAACUAUUUGAUCAUAUAGCUGAGUGUAUAUUUAAGUUUAUGAAAGAUCAUCAGCUGAUGGACAAGCAAUUGCCACUGGGGUUCACAUUCUCGUUUCCAUGCCGACAGGAAGGGCUUGACAAGGCCAUCCUCACUAACUGGACGAAAGGUUUCAAAUGUGAAGGUGUGGAGGGUAAUGAUAUAGUCAGACUACUUCAUGAAGCCAUAGAGAGGAGGGGGGAUAUGAAGGUGAAUUGUUUAGCUGUGAUCAACGACACUGUAGGAGCCCUCAUGUCAUGUGCCCACAGUGACAAUCUAUGUGCAAUAGGUCUUAUUUUAGGAACUGGUACAAAUGCGUGCUAUAUUGAGCGUUUAGAGAAUGUGGAAUUAUGGGACGGUGACUGGGACGAGCCCCAGCAAGUUAUCAUCAACACAGAAUGGGGAGCAUUAGGUGAUGAUGGAUCCAUGGACUUUAUGAAAACCGAAUAUGACAGAAAAGUCGACAAACAUUCGAUCAACCCUGGCAGACAAACAUAUGAGAAGAUGAUAUCUGGCAUGUAUAUGGGAGAGAUUGUACGACUGGUACUUGUUAAGUUAUGCAAACACGGGCUUUUGUUCGGAGGUCGAGGCUCAGAGGAGCUUCAAACAAUGGGAAGAUUUUACACAAAAUAUGUUUCUGAAAUUGAAAGUGACGUAGAUGAUCAUUUCAAGAACACAAAACAGGUGUUUGAUGAAUUAGCUAUCCCACACCAUACGGAGGAAGAUUGUCGUAUUGUACAGCAUGUAUGCUGUCUGAUUUCCACCAGAGCUGCGUACCUGGCUUCAGCAGGUAUUGCUUGCCUAUUGAACAAGAUGAACAGACCAGAUGUUGCCGUUGCCGUGGACGGCUCGUUGUAUAGAUUCCACCCACACUUCCAUGAUCUGAUGAUGGAAAAGAUUCAACAGCUUGUUCAUCCCGGUAUAAAGUUUCGAUUAAUGUUGUCUCAUGAUGGAAGUGGGAAAGGAGCAGCCCUAGUUGCCGCGGUUGCUGACCGAGUUAAAAAACAGAAGGAGCAAAGAGCCCUCGUGAAGAACAUGAACGAUCUAUCUGCUUCUUUGAAAAUGUCGUCUUCGGAAACAGAUUUAGCAGCGAUGCUAAAAUCCACCCCUAGGGGAUCUAUGUCCCGGGGGUCGAUGAUGAAUAAACAAAUCAAAGGUCUUACUAUUGACGAGGUUAAGGAAUCACUUUUUGGACUUUUACCAGAUUAUACAGAUUUUGUGAAUGAUAACAUCAUUAAGCCGUUUUGCCUGUCAGACGAAACUUAUAAUAAAGUACAAAAGUUAUUAAACGAGAACCUUGACCUUGGAUUAGAUAAGGCCACCCAUGACCAAUCCAACGUCAAAAUGUGGCCAUGCUUCGUCCGGGAUGUCCCCAAUGGCACGGAAGUAGGAAAAUUCCUAGCACUAGAUUUUGGAAGUCAUCACCUGAAAAUUGAAGUCGUCGAAUUCGACAAUGGGAAAUGUGACGUAGAUAAACAGAACGGGUUUGUCCCAGACAAAAUCAUGAAGCAUGGCAAUGCAGAAUCGUUGUUUGAUUAUCUGGCUACGUUCAUGCAUCGAUUCAUGAAGAAAAGGGACCUCCUCAACAGCCCAGAACCUAUUCCGAUGGGGUUUACAUUUGCGUUUCCAUGUCAGCGGUUGUCAUUGACAAAAGCUGUGUUGUUGAGAUGGACAAAGAACAUGCACUGUGACGGUGUCGUCGGCGAAGAAGUUGUAGGCCUGUUGGAAGCUGCAAUUAAAAGGAAAGGGGAAAUGAAUGUUGUAAUAGACGCGGUAGUAAAUGAUACUGUUGGUACUUUGAUGGCAGGGGCGAUGGAAGAUCCGAAGUGUGCAAUAGGAGUAAUUCUCUCAAAAGGUGUAAACGGAUGCUAUAUGGAAAAAUUAGAAAAUGUUGGCACUUGGGUAUGGGACAAAGAUGAUCCUAAGCAGGUUAUCAUAGAUACAGAAUUAGGAGAAUUGGGUUCCGAUAAUUGUUUAGAUUUUAUAAUCACUGAAUAUGACAGACAUGUGGACGAAAAUCACCACAAGGGGAAAGGCAUUUUCGAAAAAAUGAUUUCUGGCCAGCAUUUAGGUGAACUAGUACGUUUAGUGCUACAGAAGUUAAAAGAUUGUGACAUACUUUUCCAAGACCACUGGACAGAUGAACUGGGGACAAGAGAAAGAUUUUACACCAAAUAUGUGUCAGAGGUACUCAGUGAAGAAGAUAUACGUUUUAUACGAACACGGUCCGUAUUCGAGGAGUUUGGUUUGUCAUACUCGACAGAGUUGGAAUGUCGAGUUUUACACCACAUCUGUCAGAUUGUUUCAGCACGUGCAGCAACUUUUGUUGCUCUAGCUGUGGCAACUUUGAUUGACCGUGUGGGUCGGUCUGAGGUUGGUAUUGCAAUAGAUGGCGCUCUGUACAGAUUUCAUCCGCUAUUUCACGAUCUUCUUAUGGAGAAAAUACCACAAUUUCUGAAACAAGAAACUAAGUUUUGGUUAGUGCAGUCGGUAGAUAGAAGUGGAAAGGGAGCAGCAGUGGCGGCUGCAGUUACAGAACGUUUGAAACGGAAGGAAUAAAUGAAAUGUUACGCGUGUUACACCGGCACGUACGAGAAAUGUGACUACAUGAUUUACGAAUAAAGUGUUUAGCAAAUUUGCUUUUACGCUUUUACGCUUUAGUGUGAAAAUGAUUGUUUCAACUUUAGAAAGAGGAUGUGAGUGUGAGUUACAUGUAACGAUAUAAGAUUAAUUCAAUUAAAUAACGCUAUUCCUCUAUAUUUUAUGAACGAGGGCCAUUCAUAAAGUACCCGGACUGGGGCCAUAACUUGUCAAAAAAUCUUAAAAUAAAAAAAAUAAUGAAUACACACGUGCAGUAGGAGAUUGUGUUAGGUACAUUCACAAAAUUGUAUUCAAUUAAAUAAAAAUGUGUAUAAAUAUAACUACACUUUAACACAAUAAACCACUCACCGUCAAAACGACGUCACUUACGUCACAAAUGUUACAUCUUCUCCACACUCGAUGUUUUUCUUAAUUUUUGAAGAUAUCGACCCAGUCCGGGAACUUUAUAAAUGUACCUCAUGUUUAAAAACAGGACAAUGCAUGUAGUAUUUUUAUCUGCAUCUUCAAAUUUGAACUUUUAUGAUACAUGAUAGUAAUUAUGCACAAACCGAAUAUGGUAUAUGUCACAAGAACUGAAUUAACAAACAAAGAAGUUAUUGAACUAUUUUAUCAUAUAAAUGUAAAUAAACUAAUGUAUUUAAGUACAUGAAUACUCUUUUUGCUGAUUAUUAUAUUUUGUUUAGAAAACGGAAGUAUGAAUGAAUGAACUGUUGACUGCUAUGAUGUCAAUAGUUUUAUAAAAUUGAUCCCAAUUGACAGACAUGAUGGUGCCAUACUUUAUCGAGGUAUACUUAAUUUUCCAUCGGAUGUAUUUGAAUAUUAUGAUUUUAAUAUUAUUUCUAACGAUUUCCAAUUUCAAAAUAAUUAACGUCACUUUUAAUAAUCUGUAUUGAAUUAUUCUAUAGUUUUACAAGGAGCUUCAGGGAAACAGCUUACCUCAUAAAGGUUAAAUGAUGUCAGAAGUGACCUUGACAUAUGUAUUUCUUUACUCAAUUUUCUUGCGGUUAAGUCAUGCGGGCAUUAUUUUUGUCAGGCUAACAUUAUUUGCCAGGCUAACAUAAUUUUUGUUACGGCAACAUUAUUAUUGUCACACGAACAUUAUUUUUGUUAUGGCAACAUUAUUUUUGUUAUUGCAACAUAAUUUUUGUUACGACAACAUUAUUAUUGUCACACAAACAUUAUUUUUGUUACGCCAACAUUAUUAUUGUCACACGAACAUGAUUUUUGUCAGAUAAACAUUAUUUUUUGUCUCGCCAACAUUGUUAUUGUCACGACGACUUUAGAUUUUGACGUUCAUAUUAUGAUAUUCCUGCUCUACUAACAGAGGAAAGCCGAUGGUGCAUUACUUUUAGCCUUUGUUGCGACUUGUUGGUCGGCUAGAGUGUUUUCUUGUUGGACGGCUAGAGUGUUUUCUUGUUGGUCGGCUAGAGUGUUUUCAACAUAUAAGAAAGAGUUGUAUCCAGUAGUGUUUUGUCUUGAAAGAUUUCGCUCACCUACCUCUGUAAAACAAGCCUUAUUUAUUUUUACCCCUUAAACCAGUAUAUUGUGCAAUACAAAAGAUGUUCCAAUAUAAAACUAAAAUUAUUGCUUUGAUAUAUUCCAAAGAUCAAAGAGUGAUAUUGAUAAAUUGUCCAUUGUAAAAUAUACAUGUAUAUAUUUCUUAAUACGAAGACUGCAUUGAUUUUCAAAACACAUGUAAAUAAGAUAUUAUAUUCCUAUAUAAAUAUCAUUGCAAAACUUUUAAUGAGUUAAUUUUGACACUUUCCAUUUUUGAGUUAUGUGAAUGGAUGACCGAAUCAUUAACCGUUUUAGAUAUGCAUUUUUUUCAAGAAUCUGUAACAUUUAUAAAGUUUUAUAAAAUCAGAUAAAAUGUAGAUAGGUUAUGUACAAAAUCACCUUGCCGUGUGUUAAACAAAGGAAAGAUCAGGAUCAAAAAUAAAUCUGGUCUUAAUUCUUAAUUAAUCAAUUGUAAUUAUUUUUUAUUAAUUUAUGAAAAUUGCAUUAUUCAUAUAUCUGGCUAAUUAAUAUACACUUUGAUAAAAUGAUGAAAAUCUCUAUAAAUUGCCAACUCAUUUUCAGACAAAAUAUAGUAUAAAAAUGCAAUUAAUAUUGUUACAAGAGGACGAAAAUACGGAUUAAUAUGAAAUCAAUAUUAAUAUUAGAAUCAACAGUUAAGAACAUAUUUCUAAGGUUAGGUAAGCAACAUUUUCUAAAAUUGAAUCAUAUCCAGUCAUUUUUUUUAAAUUUAAAUAUAAUAACUGUUAAACAUUUGAGCCGUGCCAUAACAAAACCAACAUAAUGGGUUUGCGACCAUCAUGGCUCUAGACCAGCCUGCGCAUCCGCGCAGUCUGAUCAGGUUCCAUGCUGUUCGCUAUCAGUUUCUCUACUUGUAAUAGGGUUUGUAAGCGAACAGCAUGGAUCCUGAUCAGACUGCGCGGAUGCGCAGGUUGGUCUGGGUCCAUGAUGGUCGCAAACACACUAUGUUGGUUUUGUCGUGACGCGGCUCAUUUGAAGUAAUGUUGAAAUUUGCAUUUUGAUCCUGGUCUAGAUUUCGAUUGUUUGUUAACACGGGCAAUGGGUGUUUUUUGUAUCUUAGUCGACAUUAUGUGCCAUUUGAUAUCUAGUGAUUUAGCUUAGUUUGUAAUGAGAAGGCUUCUUAACGUAUUCAUGUAUAAUAAAUAUGUAUUGUUUCCACACAAAUAUGUUCAAAAAUGAAAAUAAAAUGCAAACACAAACGUA